AUUUUAUAUUCAGCACACAACACGGAAAGUCCCACAGCAGAUUACAGCACAACAAACCAUGACGAUGGAACGGAUGAUGAGUGUCGAGGUGGUUGUUAGAGAUCAAGUCGGCCCCAUUGCCAGUGGAUUGGUGCCGGAACUCAUCGAGUCCUUCUUGGACUGCUCCACUCGAUGGACUCUCCAGAAGGCAGCAUGCAGCGGAUAUCUAUCGCUAUUGAAGCGGUUGGGCGCUCAGAACGCAGAGAUCAGUGACCACGGCUUCGACUGGUCCAUGCGCAUUGCAGCGACUGAAGGCUACCUUGAUAUCAUGAAGUGGCUAACAGCCUACCGUCCCGAGAUGAAGAUCUCGACUCGAGUGAUGGAUGCAGCAGCAUUGCGUGGUCACCUACACGUGAUCAAGUGGUUGCACGAAAACCGGAGCGAAGGCUGCUCCGUGCACGCUAUGGACAGCGCUGCAGCGGGUGGUCACCUCGAUGUUGUGCAGUGGUUGCAUGAGAAUCGUACGGAGGGCUGCACAACAGGAGCCAUGGACACAGCCGCUGCUGGAGGGCACUUGGCCACAGUGCAAUGGCUCUGGGCGAAUCGCUCGGAAGGCUGCACGACAGUCGCUAUCGAUUUUGCGAUCUAUAAUGGCCACUUCCCCGUCGUCAAGUGGUUCAGUGAGCUCGCAGAUUUUCAACCACGACGUGCCAAGCACACAGCAGAAAAGACCAGCGACGAUAGUGGAAAUGCUUGCAUCAAGAAGGAGCCUAGCGGCCAAGCGACGCUCACCUUUGAGUAAGGUAUCCACAUCCAUAUUUACUGAUCUUGCACUGUUAGCCUGUAGCCAGCAUGUACAUUAAAGACAGCAAUAGAGAACCGCAGC